AUGUCCUCUGCACUUGUUAAUUCUGAGCUUUUCCAGGUCGCAGGCAUUUACGGCUGCGACGAACAACCAGCCCUGCGUCGAUUUACUCGUUACAAUCACAGCAUGCUGGAUACCCCAGUGGUAUCCGCACCUCCGCCACCAUCCUCGUUUUCAAAAAAGUUGGUCCCUUUCCACUUGUACCCUUUACCAAUUUGCCUUUUGAAAUUUAGAAAGUUCAUCCUUGCAGUCUGUAUCUCUCCAUUUACUUUCAGUUCCAAGAAACCGUCAUUCUUCAGCGGUAACUGGACGUUCCGUGACCGGAAGCAGUCACGACCAUGUAUGGACCAUGAUAGUAUGAGGAGUAUCUACAGGGAAGAACGGCCGAUGAGCAUGAAUCUGUCCGAAUCUCGAGGAGGACGUAGCAAAAGUGAAACGGCUCCACGUCAGGUGGAAAUCAGGGUGCCGGUGAAGAUUGAACGAUCAUCACCAGCCGAGGAAUAUCGACGGUCACGGCAACUAUCAGAGACGUCUGCGGUUUACAAAACAAACAUCACCGUUGACGACUCGGUUGUGCCAACGCCUGCGUCGAUUUUACGUCCGAGAAAGGAAUUUGCCGAAACGAAUAAUAAUAGUUACAACUAUAAUUCCAGCAGUAAUCCUCUCCGAAAAAGUUGUCCGGACCUUGACGCUGCGAGCGCCACCUCGGUGCCUACCGAGGAACGUGGCCAGCGACGACGAAACCGCCGAGCAAAGGAGAAGAUCAAAGAAGCGAGUUGGAAACGAAAACCGGUCGAGGACUGGGCCCUUGACGAUGUCCUGCUCUGGCUUCAGGCAUGCAGUUUAGAUGAUGUCGCCUCACUUCUGAUCGGCUAUGAUCUGAGGGGGACAGAUCUGCUGACAUGGGAUCACGAUUGUUUGUCCCAACUCGGUGUCACCAAUUUGUCAGUUCGUGAAAAAAUUCUUCGAGAAUUGACUGCGAUCAGGGAACGUGGUCCGGAAGAAGUUAAGGAGUCAGAGAAAAAGAAUGGACAUCGAGCAUUGUUUGAUAUAGUUAAGCAGAGUUCAUACGAUCAGGUACUGGCCGUCGAAACCCCUCUGACGACUCGCGAUAUCAUUGUCACACAUGGUCGGCUCGGAUGCCUACAGAUUACCAAAGUAAACGGCGCGAAUUUGCCCUUGAGGGAGAACGAUUGCCUUUUGGAAAUCAACGAUUGCCCUGGUGAACAGUUCAAAUCGGCGUUAAUGUUGACGAAAUUGAUAAGCGAUUCGAAUGGUUCACCGAUACGAUUCGUCGUACUUCGUAUGAAGACCGUCGAAAGAGUCGAGGACACCUUCAACGAAACGUCAAGCAGUGGUGUUUCAUCUUCUCCUCGAAGUCCAAGCGAGUAG